AUGGCUUAUGAAUCUGAUGAGGAACCUGUGAGUUUGUCGUUUUCUGAUUCUGAAGGGGAAGAAGAUAACUCUGAAUAUUCUGAAGGAGUGUUUUUAUAUGAUUCAGAAUCAGAAGAUGACUUUGAAGAUUCUGAAGAAGAGUCAGAAUCUGAGGUUUCUUCUGAAAAUAAGUCAGAGUUAGAAGAUGACUCUAAAGCUGAAGACAAGUCAGAAUCCGAAGGCGGAGCUUCUGAAGGUAGUCCAGCUUCUGACGGUGGUCUUGAUUCUGAAAGAAAAGAUUAUGAAGUUGGAACUUCUGAAGGCGAUCCAACUUCUAAAGGUGGUGGUUUUGAACAAGACCCAGAAGUUAACAAAGGUGGAACUUCUGGUGGUAAUCAAACUUCCGAAGAAAAUCUAGAAGGAGAUAUGGUUCCAGAAUCAGAAGGAGAUUCUGAACUAUUGGAAGUUGCACACUGUAGCAAUCAGAAGAAACUUGCAGAUGUUCUGAUGAAGAAUGUCAAGACUGAACACCUUAUCCGUUUGAGGGAUGGAGUUGGUGUUGUAGAUUUUAGCGAGCUGAAUAUAUGGUAUUGA